GCCGGAGGUGGGACGGACGGUGUAAAGCAUGGAGUCACUGCGCGCAUUUCUGAGCUGCCAGAAGCGAGCGCGCAUCCCGACACGAGAUCACUGAAGAAGAUGCGGCGCGGUGAGUGCGCGGAAUUCCCCUAAAACUUCCAGACUCUUCAUAAUCCUAAACAACGACUCGAGAUAGCGACAUCUGUGACUUUGUAUAGCGGUUCGGCAAAUAUCGUAAGGUUUAUUGAGCAUCUGAGACGCGCGAAGCAUGGAGAUGAUCUCCGCACACGCGGAACUACCCGGGAGUAACGGAGAGGAUCAAACUGAGCCUCUGCCGGUGGACUAUCCCGGUGGAGAGAUGCCGGCCUCUCUCGGGGUGCGAAGAGGGUCGAGCGUAAAGAAGCAUCACCACAAACACAACCUGAAGCACCGAUAUGAGCUGCUGGAGACACUCGGGAAAGGGACAUACGGGAAAGUGAAGAAAGCCAUAGAGAGACACACUGGACGAGUGGUGGCAAUUAAAUCCAUCCGAAAGGAGAAGAUUAAAGACGAGCAGGACAUGGUGCACAUCCGAAGAGAGAUCGAGAUUAUGUCUGCUCUCCGUCAUCCGCAUAUCAUCUCUAUAUACGAAGUGUUUGAAAACAAGGAUAAGAUCGUGAUCGUGAUGGAAUAUGCCAGCAAGGGCGAGCUGUACGAUUACAUUAGCGAACGUCGCAAGCUCAGCGAGAGAGAGACGAGACACUUCUUCAGACAGAUCGUCUCUGCUGUGCAUUACUGCCAUAAGAACGGAGUUGUACACAGAGAUCUAAAGCUGGAAAAUAUUCUCCUGGACGACAACGGCAACAUUAAAAUUGCAGAUUUUGGUUUGUCUAACCUUUACCACAAAGAUAAACUUCUUCAAACGUUUUGUGGCAGCCCACUGUACGCCUCCCCAGAGAUCGUAAAUGGAAGACCAUAUCGAGGUCCAGAGGUUGACAGUUGGGCACUGGGUGUAUUGCUCUACACACUUGUGUAUGGAACAAUGCCAUUCGAUGGAGGAGAUCACCACAGACUCAUUCGACAAAUCAGCAGUGGCGAUUACAGGGAGCCUCCACAGUCAUCAGAUGCUCGAGGUUUGAUACGCUGGAUGUUGAUGGUUAAUCCAGAACGGCGGGCUACAAUAGAGGACAUCGCAAAUCACUGGUGGGUGAACUGGGGAUGGAAGUCCAGUGUCUGCGACUGCCAAACAAAAAGGGAAAACAGUUCACCCAUGCUAGCCCGCUUCAUUGACUGGCAAAACCGCACUGACGUCCGACCAGGCAAGCCUCAGCACCCGGAGCCUGCUAAUAUCACUAAUGUCACAAAUACGAGCUUGACCCCAGCCCGACGUCUAAGAAAAUGCAUGAAGGAGAACGAUGGAGGCAUGUGGGGUGUUGCGGAAGAGAAACCGGGUCUCAAGAGACCUAAGGGCAUCCUGAAGACUCGUGCCACCAGUGGAGACCAGCGGUCCCAGAGCCUGUGCGAGGUAGAGCUUAGGAGGUCCAUUUGUUACCAAGACACUAACUCUAGCCCUGACUCGAGCCCGGAGCGAGAAGACACGCUCGGUGGCUCCCCAGCAAAAAUCGUCUCAAUGUUACCCAAAAAAGGCAUUUUGAAAAACAGUCAAGAGCGAGAAUCUGGGUAUUACUCCUCACCGGAACGCAGCGAGUCCUCUGAACUCUUAGGGGGCGCCACUGUGCAACCUCCGAACAGCUCGCCAACAAAACGGUCUGUAGGUAGGAAAGGUAUACUGAAGCGAAACGGAAAGUAUUCUGCUCACAAUGCCGGAGUCCAAGGGGAGGUGCCGGUAGACUCAAAUCUCCCACGGAGCCAGAGCCGACCCUCCAGCAUUGUUUAUGAAGAGAAGGGUCUCUCCAGCAUGGGAUUGGACUGGCCACCCACCUCUCCAAAACCCAACAUUCGGGGCUCUCUGUCAGCCGAAGACUUACUGCAGAUGUCCGGAUUCAGGGGGCUUCAGACCGUUGCGCCCCUUCAUGGCGGAAAAGGCACUCGCAGUCCUCCCGGUUCUCCCGGAGACAACGGCAGUUUCUCCUUGCUGGGUGAUAUGGAUGAUGUCACCCAGGUGUACCAGAAAGCCCUGGACAUCAGCGGCAAGCUGAGCUAGAUUUGGUCUAAAACGAUGAAUAGACAAUUAUUUGAUUUCUAGAAACACACCUGGAAGGCAUUGUUUCACUUUGGAGAAAGACUGGAAGUGUGAAUGAUCUCAGCACGAUCUCACAUCACUGCUGCAGUGCUGCUGGGUAAUGUUUACAGGUCGAGAGGCGGGACAUUUCAAAUCAUGGUGAACAAAAUGAUUUGUUUUUAACUCGACAAUAAUGGGGAACAACGGAAGCACUUUAAAGCAUCUGUUCUCCGUAAUCCAGCACCAGAUGUAAAUGACAGCUGGGAAUGUGUUAUUUAAGUUAUUUAUUGUUCAUUUACACUUUGACUGAUUGAUAGUAUCAAGGCCAUUUUGUAGUCAUUCUUGGGAUAGCAGUCUGAAAACAUCAGAUAAAGGCAAUACAAUAAUAAACAGCCAUUGCUGUAUAACACCAGUGUUUUCAGUGACGUGCAUCCACAAUAGUCCAACAGCAACAUUUCACAUCAAAAUAAAAAAUAAUAAGUCAUUAUAUCGAUCCAAUCCCACACUUUAAAAAAUGCUUUUUCCAGCAUUGGGUCAAAAAGUACGGAGCCCCUAAGGGGACAUGGAGCAAAAAUUAAAUAACGUUUAGUUUCGCGUGCACACAUGAAACUUUCGGUUUAAUGUGCACACGUGAUAGUUUCACAAAACUUUCAAAAAAAAAUUCUGCACAUAAAGGUUUUGCGUGAGCACAUGAAAGUUUCACGUGAUCACAUGAAUCUAAACUUUAGAUUUUUUUACUACAAUGUCAUCUUAGGGGCUCGGUAAAAAAAAGAGACAAACCCAUCUGUUGAGUAAGAUUAAACCCAGAUUUUUUUUAUAUUUUACCAUAUUAACAACGGGUUAAAACAACCCCGCAUAGGUUACAUUACAACCUAGUGGUUUGGGUUCGUCCUUUUUUGCCCCAAUACUGGGUUAAAAACAACCCAUUUUGUCCAUAGAGCGUCAAAGGAUUAAUUUAAUGCUCCUCUUGUCCUUACAAUGAAACUGUGUGGGUAAAAUUUUUCUUUAAGAUCUAAAAAGUUGAAAUAUUUAAGUAGUUCUAAAAAGUGAUGGGUUAUUUAAAAAAAUGGACAAACCUAGUCACUGGGUUAAAUUAACCCUGACCAUGUUUAUAUUUGAUCCAACAAUGGGUUAAAACAACCCAGCAUUUUGGGCUGAAACAACCCAGCAUAGGUUACAUUACAAUGCAGCAGGUUGGGUUUGUCCCUUUUUGAACAUAACCCAGCAUUUUCUGUGCAGUUUUGUCUAAUAUUUUCUUUUUUUAUAAUAUUGAAAAGUAAAAAAUAUCUCCUAGAGAUACCAAGAGUGAAUGUAACAGAGACAAAAAAACCAUACAAAUCCAUGUUGUCUUUAUUAUGAGCUAGAUAAUAGGACCUCACAGCACAUAAAAAGUGACAAGACUGAAUCAGUGUUAUGACACCGUACAUUUUCAUCUCCCACAAGCAUGCAUGAACCCACACAAUCCAACGUGCAGACGGGCAAUUAUAUGAGCUCACUGAAGCAUAAAAGUGUGGAAAGACGAGCUUUAACCUACGGUGUUAUUCUGCUCCAGAAAUGACCCAUGUUUCAACAAAACACCAUAUUAGAUGCCAAAUUAUUAUUUUUAAUAAGUUAGGUGUUAAAAGUCACAUGUUCUGAAGAAAAUAGAUUAUUAAAACAAAAAUAAGUAAAACGUUUAUUUAGGUUUAAUAAAUAAUUGGGUAAAAUGCCAUCUCAUGGCAAUUCUUACGUAUUUUACGAGCUGGCUAAUUCGUACAAUGACAUUUGUACGACUGGACGAUUGGCUUUCACCCCAUGACGUUUCGGGUUAGAGUUUCUUUUUAUGUUAAUUGUUUUUGUAUGAUUCACUUUGUACAAAUUCAUACACUGUAAAAGAAAUUCCUUGUUGCUCUUUAAUUUUUAAGUUUAAUGAACUUGAAUUCACUUUAACUUUCUGGACUAUAGUUAAAAGCUGUAAAAAAUAAAGUUGAAUUAGCUUAAGUCAUUUGAAAAAUUUAUUAAACUUAAAAAUUGAAGUGCAACGAGGAAUUUUUAUGGUGUACAAAUAAUUAGCCAACUCGUACCUGCCAAUUCUCGUGAGAUCAGGCUGGGUUGUCACCGAAGUGUAUCAAAUAUUAUGCGUGUACAGUUUUUUUAUGCAAAUUGGCAUGAUGCGAUAAACUAAAUACACCAUGAGUUUGUUUUCUGUUGCAUUGUGUUUGUUUUAAUUUCGGUAAUUAUUAACAGAGAUUAAUUUCAAGACAGUAGGUUAAGCAUUAAUAGUCUAGCCUAAAUGUGCUUCAAAUCUGUGAUGAUAAGUACAUUUCUGUCAGAUUAAGUGUCAGUAUUGCAGUUCAGUGCUACUGUAUGUACCCAUUAAUAUAUACAGUAUAUAUAAAUUAACUGGAAAAAGAUUGUGUUUGUCUAUAGGAUUUCCGUUAUAGGCCAUUGAGAAAACUUGACUGGAUAUUACUGCAUAUUUAAAUGUUGUUAUUUAAAAUGUCUUGUAUUAUAUACUGUACAUUAUGGCUAUUUGUUAUUCUGUAUGUUAUUUUUUUUAAACUUUGACUUAACGAUUGUCUUGCUUUGUGCCUUUAUUAAUGUAAGAUUGUCUAAUAAUGUUAUUAUCUGUGUAAAUGAUUUUCAGUAUUGUGUAAGAAUUCUCAAUAGGUAUCAGAAUUGUUUUUCUGUAUCAUUUGUUAAGAGCAUUGUAAGGUGGUGUAUGAAGCCCUCCAUUGUCUCUGCUCAGUACAAUAUGCAGUGAUCCAAUAAAUGUCUCGAUC